UUUCGGUUCGGCCUCACAGUUCUCGUCUCUCUCUCUCUCUCUCUUUCUUUCGUUCUUUCUUUCUUUCUUCUCUCUACAGAUCCCUAAAUCCUCUCCUUUGGACCGUAAAUCACAAACCCUAGAUUUAACAAGAAAAAUCCUCACAGCUUCUUCAUCCUCAAUCUCUACUUGUCUUUCUCCUUUCAAUUCGCUUUCUCCCCGGAAGAAAAAUUUGGGCUUUUCUUCUGGGUUAAUCUCUGAUUUUAUCAGCUAUGGGGAAGAAUCAAGCUUACAAGGCUAUGCAGAGAUCUAGGGUUGGCUCCAGCUCGGCUCAGCCGGAGGAGGUUGAAGACGGAAUGGUGGAUGGUUCAUUUCAUACACCAGAGUGGCAUGCGGCUCGUUUGGCUAGUCUGAAGACUACACACACUAUUACAUGGGAAGAAUAUAAGAAGAAGCAAAAGGAAGAAGAAAUGAAAAAGGGAGAGCUUGAAGCAGAUACGGAUAAACUGAUGCGUGAGUAUAGAGCUCAGCUGGAUGCUGAAAGGGCCUUGAAACUCUCCAAGGGAAGGAACUACUCUAGUGAUAAGUCCCGAAAAGAUAAGAAAGACAGAGAUUCAAAGAAGAAGAAAAGCAAAAAGAGAAAGCAUUAUUCGUCGUCAGAGUCGUCAUCUAGUAGCGAUGAAGACGAAUCUAGAAGAUCAAGAUCAAGUUCUAAAAGAUCGAAGAAGGAAAAGAAGCACAAGUCCAGCAGAGACAAGCACUCUAGCAAAAGUAAAGACGAAACCGAAGGCCCUGUACCACUCUCUAGAUUCUUUGGCAAUUUGAAGAGUUGACAUUGACGUAAACAAACAUGCAAAAGAACCAUUGCAAGAGUAAGAUUGUCUUCAAUCAAAAUACUCAAAUUAGGAUAUGAUUGUUUUCUUCCUUUGUUGCAAUGUUAUAUUUUUGACAAUAUCUCAUGUAUUAUUUGUUGGAUUGAGAGUUGCAAACUUGCAAUCAUGCCUACAUAAUC